AUGCCUACCCCCCCAAGCCCCUCGCACUUCCCCUCACAUCUAACCCUAACCAUCACCCCCCCAUCAUCCUCCUCCUCCACCACCUCUCAAUCCUCCCCCAACAUCCUCCUCCUCCUCCACGGCAUCGGCGACACAAGCCAAAACCUCAGCACGCUCGCCCGCGCCCUCAACCUCCCGGAAACCACCAUCCUCACCCUCCAAGCGCCGACCCCGCUCCCCUUCGACCUAGGCGGCUUCCACUGGGGCGACGACAUCACAUUCAGCCCCGCGGGGGACCUCGACAUGGACGCCGGGUUCAGUCGCUCCACGAAGACAAUCAUACAGGAGGUGAUUGUCGAUACGUUACUGAAGAAGUGCGGAUACAGGGGACGGGAUAUUAUAGUGUUUGGGAUCGGGCAGGGGGGGAUGGUGGGGUUGGAGGUUGCUAGACACUUUAAAGAUUUAUCGGAGGGGGUUAAAGAUGGGGAUCGGGAACUGGGAGGCGUGGUGUCAAUUGGUGCGCCGGUGGGGUUAUCUGGGAAAGCACCUGCGUCUGGGACUGGGAAGAGUAGGACGCCGGUGUUGGUUGUUGCGGGGAAGGAAGAUGGAGGGGAGAGGAGUACGGCUGUGAGUGCUGCGGGCGUGAGGAGGACGAAGGAGUGGUUUGAGUUCGUUGAGGUGAGCAGGUAUAAGAGGCGCGGGGAUGGGAUGCCCCGGAAUGCGGAUGAGAUGAGACCCGUGAUGGAGUUUUUGGCGAGGAGGUUGAGGAGUUAUAAGGGGGUACCGGAGGGGAGUAUUGAACUUAGUUAG